AUGGCCACUACUUCUGCUAUUGUUUUCCCGGUGACCACGAUUGAGACAUCGUCUGCAAAUCCAACCAAGGUGGCGCCAUCUGGGGUGGAUAGGCGUAGGUUUCCAUCAUACAUGAUGUUCCACAGUAAAGGUCCAAGCACCGAUCCCUGUGGUACUACGGCCCAUAGAAUUUUAGAUGUAUUUAAUCGAGCUAUUUACUUGUCGGAUCCUAAAAUAUCACUGUUAUACCUAGAAAAUCGUUUGAAAUUCCGAAAAGAAACUAUAAAUGUUCCAGAAGAAAUUCAAGGAAUUUUCAUGAGAGCUACUACAAACCAUGAUGCUGAUGGUGUUGAAAACGGAAGCAUAGAAAUAUAUUGUUGAUUAAGAUAAUCCCCUAUAUUAACGUUAUGUAUGUAGAUAGUCAC